AUGGACCAGUACGACGACGAGUAUGGCUACGCCGCAGCCGGACCAAGCUCCUCGCGCUCAAACAGUCGACCCCCACCCCGCGCACGCUGCCAACCUCCCCAAGAAUCCGUCAAGCAGUUCUGGGAACGAUUCAACACCAAAUACCCGGGCAAAGUAUACACUGUUCUGCCGGAUAACUCGUAUGCACGGACGCGGGCCAAGCGCGUGCCCAGCGGCCGCAUCCAGGGCCACGAGGCCGUCAAAUCGUACGAGCAGGCACGUUGGGAAUGUCGGAAAUCCGUCGAGCGUAUCGUCAAGGAAUGUGAACGUAUCAAUCAGAAGUACACCGAUCCACACUUCGAUAUCGAGGUUGACCUGAAAUCUGGUCGGAGGCACUAUCUCGAUGGAUUGGAUAAGCCCAAUCCGGAGAUGAGACCAAGGGGCGUGAAGAGGGUGACGCCGCAGUUCUUUGUCAAUGGGCCUACCGCGUCGGAUGUGCGACAGGGCUAUGAUGGGGAUUGCUGGUUGAUGGCUGCGCUGUGUACUAUGGGUAACAAGGAAGAGCUUAUUGAGAAGAUUUGUGUUGCGCGCAAUGAGAAAGUUGGGAUCUAUGGGUUUGUGUUCUAUCGAGAUGGAGAAUGGCAGCAAUGCAUCGUGGAUGAUAAGUUGUAUCUACGGGCUGCGGACUAUGACGAGUCUAUUGAUGAAAGACCCCUCUGGGACGAUAUCACCCGAAAUGACCCAGAGGAAGAAUACCGACGAGUCUGGCAGACAGGCUCGCGGGUACUGUAUUUUGCUCAAUGCGUGGACGAGAAUGAGACCUGGCUGCCACUUCUGGAGAAGGCCUUUGCAAAAGCCCACGGCGACUACUCCGCCAUUGAGGGUGGUUUUGUCGGUGAGGCUAUUGAGGAUCUCACUGGGGGCGUUACCUCUGAGGUCUUGUCCAGCAACAUUCUCGACAAGGACCGGUUUUGGAAGGAGGAACUUAUGAAAGUAAACACGGAGUUCUUGUUUGGCUGCGGGACUGGCUUAUUUUCCAACUGGUUAGAUCCCAAAUACCGGGGUCCUCCAAGAGAUCGAAAGGGUAUUUCAGAAGGCCACUCGUACUCUAUCAUGGAGGCUAGGGAAAUUGAUGGGCAGCGGCUACUGCGAUUGAGGAAUCCCUGGGGUCGCAAAGAAUGGCACGGUGCCUGGGGCGAUGGGUCGAAGGAGUGGACGCCGGAGUGGAUGAAGACACUCGGUCAUACGUUUGGGAACGACGGGCUUGACACACGUUACUUCAAGGGACUUGCUGGCGAGUACAGCUUUGUCCUGAAGUUCCGCCUGCAAAAGGACGGCGAGGAAGACUAUCUCGUACGCAGCCAGAACAGCCACUUCAUGGGCCGAUCAGUGAACGCCGAGAUCAACCUUGAACCAGGUCGCUAUCAAGUCUUGAUGAAGAUCACAGCCUUCCGCCAUGAGGAACUAGAAUCAACCGAGGAGACCGUUCGCCAAUUGGCCUCAACGAGAAGAGAGAAACUAGUCCAAGUGGGUCUUUCAUACGAUCUCGCUCACGCCAAGGGACUGGUGGGCGAGACGGAGCAAGAACAGCGGGACCGAGAGCUGCUCAGAGCAGCCGAGCGGAGGAGACUUCGUGGCGAAACCAAGAAAAAGAUGCAAAAGGACUGGAUCCGCAACCAGAAGCUGAAUGCACGACAUGAGCGCAUGGAAGCCAGACGCGUGAACCGCACGCCCACUGGUAGCUCCUUCGGCCAGGCCUCCGAACGCGAUGCGAUCCCCGGCCAAAUCCUAGCUGAGAAACCGGUCCAAGACUCCCCGAUAGAUGCUCCAAGCAUUUCAAGCGAGAGUAGUGAACCCCGUGUUCCACGCGCAAACGGUACCGUCCCCGUCAUCCACGUCAACGGCGGAAAGGGCCUUCACGCAAGACAUGCAAGCAGCAGCUAUCGGCGUGGAACGGAAUCUCCGCGUCUAAGUCUCGAGACUCGUAUUGCUGCAGAGGCUUUGAAUCCCAGUGACUUGGAGUUGCUUGAAGGGUUUGAAUUUGAUAGUGAUCUCGAUAUGCCUCCUGAUGAGGCGGACGUGAAGAACCGUCAUCCAACGGCGGAUAACGACGAGCCCGCUGUUGAUCCGUGGAAUGCCGUUUGUGUCGUUGGGCUUAGGGUUUACUCUAAGGAUCCGAUGUUGAGCUUGCAGGUUGUGCGUCCUGUGCCGGAGGAUGAUACUGAGGCUCCACUGGAUCGAGAUGACCCUGCUGCUUCUGCGACUACUCCUCAGAGAGAUGCUCCUUCAUGGAGGGAUUCCUGGAGCCAGCUGAUUGUUUAG